GCAACCUCAGUGCUGUGGCAGAGGUGGGCGGGGGAACACGUGUCCCCGUACCUCCUGUUUAUCACACCCGCAUCUAUUACUAGUGUCUCCUGGCAGCUUCUAACAUAUUCCAAUAGAACUUUAAGCACAGAUCUCCAUAUAAGAACCAAAAACAUACCUCUUUAAUACAUUCCAGCCGAUAUAUUUACUUUUUGAGUCUCGUGAAAGUGAAAGGUGUUCCAGAUUUUUGGUUUUUGCCCAGAUAUUCAUGUCACUAACUCGUAACACGCCUGGAUUUGUGAGGGAAAGUUAGUUUAAUGGUGCAAACACAGUGUGGUGCAAAUAUGGUGAAGGUUUAAUUGUGUGGACAGGAGAACGUGAAGAUUGUGAGAAGAGCGUGAAGGUUGUGGUGCUGGUUCCCCACUACCUGCUGGCUGCUGCCCCCCGGUGCGCCUAGAGGUAAGGCGGAGGGGAGAGAACGCGGAGGAAAGAUGGAGGGAUGAUGGAGGGAUGGAGGUACGUACAUUUGGCUGAGGCGUGGGAGGCGUGACUAGUGGCAGGCGCGGCCCAGGUGGCGGCUGUGGUGCAGUGCGGAGGUGACAACAGGCUGACGCUCAUCUGGCAACACCGUCUUGUACUUUGAAUUCCAUAACAAGUUGGAGGUGGUGGGAGAGAAUCAGUGGGGAGGCAGAGAUCCCCGCCCCCACCACCACCACCACCACCACCACCACAACCACAACCACAUUCCACCACAACUAAUACAUUCCCAUAAACAUUCCACACCACUAACACACAAAACCAAACCACCACCACUCACAACCACUACCACCACCACCACAACCACCACCACUACCCCCAGAGGUCCCCACAUCACCACCACCACGAUACCGCCACCAACCCCCACGGCCGCCCACUACCAGGACCCGCCCACGCCCCCACCGUAAUCUGGGCAUGGUGGAGAGGUGGAAGCGGCCCGCACCCACUUGUUAUCCCCCGCCCACGCCCGCGCCCACGCCCCUCCUUUAAUCCGGGCAUGAGGGUGACUGUGAGGGGAGUCCUGGUGGGCGGCAGUGUGGUGGUCCUCCUCACGACGGUCCUGCUGUGGUCCCAAUGCCGCCCGCCCACCCCCGCCCUGCCCCUCAACCACCCGCGCCACCAGCAGCAGCAGCAGCAGCCCCACCGCCUGCCCCUCCAGACCAGUCACCAGCAGGUGGGCGGGGGGGGUGAUGAGAGUUACCUGGAGGUGGAGUACGGGGACCCCCACCACCCACAUCCCCAACAGGAGGGCGAGGGCGGUGGGGGCGGAGAGGGGGAGUCGCCUCGUCUUACUGAGAUCCCGUGCGUCAUUAACCACGAGACGGAGGUGUCGUGUCGCCGAGACCAGACCGAGGUGUACGUGCCUUUCUCCUUCAUCCAUAGCUACUUCGAGGUAUACGGGCAGGUGGAGCAGAAGGAGGACGGGCGGGAGGUGUUUGAGUGGUCCCACAGCUACAGCAGAGUGUACGAGCCUUCGGGAGUGUACAGCCCCACCAGCACCUUUCUCAACUUCGAAUUGUACAACGUGGAAGCGCGAGAGAGGGUGAAGUGCAUCUCAGGGGCAGAGGGAGUCCCCAUCUCAACACAGUGGCAGAGCUCUGGUUACACUUACCCCAUCCAGAUUGCCCAGUUUGGCCUCUCUCACUACUGCAAACACCUCACUGAAGAAGCUCCUCAGAGGGUGGUGGUGGAGGAUGGGGACCAGCACAUGGGGGCCUGGCAAGUGGUGGGGGCGGCCAGCCGGGUCACACGAACACUUGACCUGACCACUCACACCAAUGUCCUCAGGUUCAAGGCGCCAGAGUCUCCUUCAAAGGGUGCUGUGGUGCUGAGCCUGGCAGAUGUCACCUCUCAGAGCCUCCUGGUGCUGAGCCUUCACUUUCUGGCACAGGGCAAUGCGAGCUUUUCCGUCACUGUGGAGUUUAGGGACAAGAAGACUGAGGUGGUGACGGUGCACUAUGUCCGCUCCGACCGACUCCUCCAGGUCAAGGACCGGCAGAUCUACUACGGCCUUGGUGAGCGGUCCGGGUGGAGUCGCAUCACCAGGAACCUGCUCAUUGAUGUACACAAGGCAGCCUCCUCCACCCCAGCACUGCGGAAGAAGUUCAAGAAGGUGUCAAGAUCCAAGCUGAGGCUACUGUCACUAUCACUCAAUGGCUCUGGCAGCAUUGCCAAUGUCACCCUGGCCUCAGCUGAGCACCUCCACCACUUCUAUGAUGCCGCUGACUGGCUCCUGAGGCACCAAGACCAACAGGGAGGCUGGUCCAUCCCGGUUCCCCGCAAGGUGAUCAGUGGGGUGCUGGAGCUCGGGGCAGGUUGGUACUCUGCCAUGGCUCAGGGUCAGGCCAUGUCACUGCUGGUGCGGGCCGCCCACCACUCUGGGGAUCCCCGCUACCUCAGGGCUGCUGCUCGGGCCACCUCGCUCUUCACCAUCAAUGCCACACAGGGUGGAGUGCGAGCUUACUUCCCUGGCAACACCGUAUGGUAUGAGGAGUACCCCACCAAUCCUUCACUCUUCGUGCUCAAUGGCUUCAUCUACAGUCUUCUGGGACUGUACGACCUGAAGGAGUUCUCGAAUGAUGAAAGUGACAACAGCAGGGAACUAUUUGACAUCGGCAUGAGGUCCCUGAAGACUUUACUGCCCCUGUAUGACACUGGGUGGGGCUCCCUGUAUGACCUGCGCCACUUCACAACACACGUGGCUCCCAACCGUGCACGCUGGGACUACCACACCACACAUAUCACUCAGCUGCUGCUCCUGGCCUCCCUCGAUCCUGACCCCAUCCUGUCCACCACAGCCCUGCGAUGGAAGGACUACAUGAAUGGCCACAAGGCAAAGCAUAACUAACAAGAGGAGAGAGUAGUGAAGGCAUCAAAUAUUUAGGUGGUGGUUCUGGCUUGAGCACAUCCUCUCGGGUGUUUGUGUGCUGGAAGGUCCACAAAGAACUGGUCUGCAUUUGCACUUUAGGAGCUUUGUCAUGUUAGGAGAAAGCCUCACCAAGGUGACGGAGCCUUGUGUGAGAGCGAUGUUUGUACACGAGAUUAGUAUCCAUAGGGUGUUCACUACAACAGUAGGGAGGGAAUGGGUGUGUUGUAUCCCAGCUGUGAAUGUUAACUGGUAGCUUAACAUUGAGUAGGUGAGAUUGCAUUCCAUUAGCUUUAACACUGAAAAUCUUUUGUACGUGUAUGUGUGUGCAUGUGUGUGUGUGUGUGUGUGUGUGUGUGUGUGUGUGUGUGUGUGUGUGUGUGUGUGUGUGUGUGUGUGUGUGUGUGUGUGUGUGUGUGUGUGUGUGUGUGUGUGUGUGUGUGUACCAUGUCCCAGGUACGGUAUAUCUGAAAUUUAUCUAUAUCUGAGUCUCUGUAAACUAACUGUUUCCAGGCGGACAUUUUCUGCCAUAUUUACCGAGGGUUCCUGACUCACGAAGAAAAUUUUCCUGUUACAGACACACAGCAUUGCAUAUCCUCUGUCUGGGUUUGAGUAACUUCACAUGACACAUUUCAGCCAUAUCACCAAUGGGAAAAUUCUGGCAAGGAUCCAAUCUCACUAAGUAUGGCAGAAGAUCCUGCUCACUGUUGCUUCCUAGUCUCUGAGAAGUGGAUAUGGACCUUAGUAGUUUGGUGACUAAUGUGAGAGCAGCAGAGGAAUGGUAGUUUAGAAAGACAGGUGGUUAGUUGAGACUAGUAUAACUACUCUGCCUUGCUAUGUGAUAUUUCUGGUAUAUAUUGAACUGGGUCCACUUGUCAAUACAAAUGUGUACGGGCGGUGGUGAGCAGUGGGCAACCGCGGGAGGUGGUGACCCACUCCUCUGUGUUGUGUUCUGUGGGGAGGUUGUGGGUCUGUGGGUCUGUGGCUCUGCCUCCACCACAGUCCUCAAGUGAUCUUCCAUUUCUUGUGGCCACAGCUCAACCUGUGAGUGUGUAAUUAGUAUUUCUUCAAAACUUUUACCAGAGAUUGCUGAUAAAAAUUUCAGCUUUAUUUUUUUAUACCCAAGUGUGAGGUGCUGAAGGGCAGUUGCCUGUGUGGGUUGCCUGCUUUGCCAACUCAACUUCAUAGCACUAAUUCCUUUGGCUUCAUAUUUAUUCACAAUGCUGCAUCCUCUUGUGCAAGAUAAUAUUACUACACAAAGAAAUAUUUUAAGUGGCUUGUCACAUUUGAAGUUUAAUCUUUUGAAUCAGGAUUACAUUUCUAUCAAAAUUAUAUUUUUCCACAGACACCUCACAAUACCUCAUCAUAUAAAGAAACAACUAAUGGGGUGACAAACACGAAAAAAAAAACUUUAUUUCAACACCCUGCAUUUUAUAUACAAACUGAGAUGUGUUUGCCUUUCAAGCAAGUUCCCUGUUUCACAUGCAUAGCAGUUUAACAUUUCCCUGGGCUUCCACUAAUAAUGUGCUGCUGUGCUGUAGGUAGUUCCAGUCUGAAAGUCAGGUUAAACUACUACUGCCUCAGGGUGGUCCAUCAGGCUGCAUCACACCUCCCCCUUGGCCGCCAGCACCUCGGCCCUCACCUGCCAGGACAGUCACACGUCAGCUGCAGUUUUCUACGUGAAGUUUGUUGCUUUGGAGGUGGAGCCUGAUGGACCGCCACCCUAAUGGUCAGAUGAUUGCCUCCCAAAAGUGACUCUGGAGCUGUUUUGGGUCUCUGGCUCAGACAUGUUUCUUCACCUCUGCUCAACAUUGUAGUGCUGCAGAGUCUCACCACAGGUUGUCUCUCUCUCAUAAACACUGUGUCAACUUUCACUGAUUAUGCAUGAUGAUUGAUUUACAAGAAAGCUAAAAAGGAAAAUUGUCCUUGGUGAAAUAGAUUUGUACAGUACUUAAUUAUCAAUACUUUCUGACAGUUUUUAUGUUUUUUGUCUUUUUUCUGUUAUAUUUAGUUGUAGAUUUGCUUGUGAUUAAGUUGAGGUGUUGGUAUAAAUAUGUGCAUGUGUGUGUGUGUGUGUGUGUGUGUGUGUGUGUGUGUGUGUGUGUGUGUGUGUGUGUGUGUGUGUGUGUGUGUGUGUGUGUGGCCAAUUGAGACAACAGCUUAUCAUUAUCCUGUUAAUUGCCACUGAGAGCUAAAUCCAUUUUCAGGCCUAACUUUUGCUACCUUAGGACAACCUUCAAUUUCAUUCCACUCUCCUUGCACCAAAUUGCCUCUCUGCAAAUUAAAAGCAAGAAAAUGAGAAAGAUGUGGAAUUUUUAAAGUUGUUAGUUCAAGUUCUGAAUAUAUAUAUAUAUAUAUAUAUAUAUAUAUAUAUAUAUAUAUAUAUAUAUAUAUAUAUAUAUAUAUAUAUAUAUAUAUAUAUAUAUUAUUACUAUUUUAUUUAUUUAUUUAUUUUUUUUUUGAAAACUUCUAAAACAACUUUUCAUGAUUAGCUUUCCUAUUCAGGUUACAUAUAGAGUGGUCAUGAAAUAUCUUUGCUGCUGUGUGUAUGUGUGUGUGUGUGUGUGUGUGUGUGUGUGUGUGUGUGUGUGUGUGUGUGUGUGUGUGUGUGUGUGUGUGUGUGUGUGUGUAUCUUGUGGUUCUUUCAUUAAUUUGCUCACUUAUUGUUUUACAUUAAUUUUCAAAUGUAUAUGAUGAUAGCUUGUAGUUGCUCAGUACUGACCAGGAAUAAAUGACAGUUAUUUCUCCUCACUUGAUAGAGACUGGCUGUGUUCAUAACCUGCCGUGUCUCACAAAACAAUGGUGUGUUAGUUGGUACGAUGAAAUCAGGGAAAAUAGUAUCCUAAGUUUGUUGUGUUGUCUCAUUAGGUGUUCCAGAUACAAAAUCAAAGGAAAGUUGACAUACUUUAUGAUGUAUUGACAAUAUAUGCACUUUUGAAUUGAUAUUCAUUAUACAUAUUUAACAACUAUUUCAUUUUACAAAAGAUAUAAUUGCAUGUGAGUACCUUGAAUUAACUUGACCAGAUAAUUUCCACUUAUGAAGGAUCACAUUGGGUUCUAAGUAACUCUUAGACACACACACCAAGACUCACUCUGGGUUAGUGUGUGUGUCUGGAGGGUACUCACCUGUGCUCCUGGGUCUGCACUUGAGAGAGAGAGAGAGAGAGAGAGAGAGAGAGAGAGAGAGAGAGAGAGAGAGAGAGAGAGAGAGAGAGAGAGAGAGAGAGAGAGAGAGAGUUCAAUGACCCAAAUAUUCUAGACACCAUAUUUUAUCACUGUUUUGGAAGGUGAACUUUAAGUGCAUAUUUUGACUUCCUUCUCUGUGUAUUUACUGGACUCUAUUGUCUUAGAGAACAUUGGAUCUCAGCUUAAGUUCUAGUAUGUUUCAUGUUUUGAUUGUGAUGUGGUGGUGAGAUCUGAGUACUACUGUGAAUGAAUCAUACAAGUUGCAAAUACUUCAUCAAUUUGGUCUUCCAGUCUCACGUGUACAGCUGUAUAGGAUCCCCACCCCCCCCAGGGUCCUUGGCAAAAGAUUGGAUCCCCUAACAAUGAGAUUAUCCUCCCUUAAGGUAUUGUACAUAUGCUUUUGUAGGGUUUCUAUAACCUCUGAAUUAAUCUUAAGAUUAGUUGUCAUGGAUCUGAGUGGAAGUAAUCAAGGGGUUUGUGUAGAUGGGAAGCACCUCACCUCAUUGGUCUGCUUGUCUCACCACAAAAGUCACUCCCUGCUAGUUUAUCUUGCAUCACAUUUUCCCAAAGACCUUGAUUGCUUCCCAGAGUGUUAAUAGCUGUUAUUAGUCAACUUACCUUGAGGAAAAUAAUGUACAUAGAUCCUAUAUUUGUAUCUUCCAUAUAGCUCAGAGGGAAGUGAGCAUUGUACUGGGCAACAGUCACCUCCCUAUUUUUCUCUCGUGUUCUCACAUCAACAAUCUCUGCAUCCUCUCUCCACUGCUCCAGGUUACUUGGAUGCCAUUUCUUUACUCAUGGGAACUAUGGUAGUGUUGUCCCAUUGGUCACUGAGUCCAUGUGAUACACUCAUAGUGUUUGGUAUAGAAAACACAAAGUUUCAACAGCAAAAUGUUAAAUGAAACAUUCCAUGGUUUUUUGGUUGGUGUGCAAUGUAAAGGAAUUUUUUAUGUUGGAGAUGUUUUUUGGAAAUUGCCACAAAAGCAUUCUUAAGAAGUACUCUGCCACACUGUAAGAAACUCAGUCUUGAUAAUAUAUACAGUAUGUAUUUUGUACACCCAACAUUACUAGCUGCUAGAUGCUUUUAUGUUCAUAUCAAAAGCUAACCGACCAUUUAGCUAUUCCAUUAUUUUUCCAUGUAAUGAAUCAACUCCAUUUUUUUGCAGAAUUUUGUAUUUAAUCUACUUACUGUGGUUGAACACAGAAUUUUUAAAUAUCCCGCUAAUUGUAAGCCUUCUUAUCCACAACCCUCAUUUUGGGGGCACUGUGGUGGGGAGAAGGCAGCUUGGCCUCCACCACAACCUGGGCACCGGCUCACCGCCCCAGUCACUGCCGGGCUGGUGAGACCGCUGCCAUUACCAUCUAGUUUUUAUAUCAACUUGUUGCUUUUCCACAUGCUCAAUACUUGGCUUACCAACCUCUGUGGGCAUUUGCUAGUCAACCUGAGUGUUACCUGUGUAGGCCUCAACUCCCGUGUCCUGUGUUGUGGAGGUAGACAGGGUGGGUGUGCUCCCCCUUUUGGAAUCUAAAUCUGAAUACAAGUUAGCAUCUCCCAUUGAUGGUUCAGACGAUGAGGCUUGCAUUUGGUGCUGAGGUGCAGAGUGCUGCUCCUCCGGGGUCACCACCAGGGUUGCACUCAACACAUCGCUGCAUUAUAAACUUCUGAGUGUUUGAAACUUCACUUGCUUCUACAGUUAUGGCCAUACUUGAACUUAUUGGAUACUUUAGUUAAAUUAAGGGAUUCUACAGAAUGAGUCUUGCUAGAAGGAAGGCUUCUGUUUUGUAUGGCAGCUUUGUACAUUCCACACUGUCCUGCCAAGGGAGGUCCUGGCCCUGUGCUGGCCCGGGUUUGGCAUGGGGAGGACAGCCAGCCUGAGGGAAGCUUGUCCUGCCCAUCCAAACCAUGGCAGUUCAUACCUUAACUCUUAAAGGAAAUGGCACAUGAGAGAAGAGUGUUAAAGAAUUGUUAUAUCUUUUUAUCUUUUUUCUUUAUGUAUUGAAGUUAAUCUUACCUUGCCUGUCAUAACCACAACAGCUUGCAUUUCCAACCUUUGAAAGAAAAUUAUGUAAUAGAAACAGAUGUGAUUAAUGAUGUACAGAGGAGGAUUUUUAUAUUUUUAUGAUGUUAGUUUGAUACUGGAAUGUAAGUGGAACAGUGUGUGGGAUCUGGUGGAGGUGGUCUUUGAUACUGUCGACAGCUGCAUCUGUGGUGCAUCACCCAAGCAUGACAUGCUUUUGAAUAUCCAGUACAAGUAAUGAGAAAUGAUAAUGGUAAUGAAAAAAAACAUAUACACAUACACAAUGACCAACAUUGCAUACACAAAAUUAAGAACCGAGUCAGAAAGAUUGUCACUUGACAGAUCUGUAAUGUGUUAAGUUGUAGCAAAUUUGUAUUUCUUAGUUAUGCAAUUUAGUAUUCUUACCAUGAUCUCCCAGUAAUUUAGAUGUUCCUUCCACCAUCACUGUGCAUCAGUAACAUAAGCAGGAAAUAAGUUGUAACAUGGCUUUAAGAUUUAAUAUUUUGUUGGCUUGUUUAUUAUGAAGUAUUAUAAUGCCAGGAAAGGAGUAGAAGAAACUUCUCAACUAUUUUAUGACAAACUUGGUGGUAAGAAUUGUAACAAAUUACAUAUUAAGUUGCAUUCUUGUAACCAUUAUAUGUAUUAUGUUUUGUUCUACUACUUUUAAGGUCAUCAGUGCAUGUGCACAGAGACCAGUAGAGAUCUGGUCACUUGUCAUAAGGCAAACAAGGCUAACACAUUCAAAAGUAUGAUAAUGUGUUUCUAUGCUCUCUCUAUUUAUUUACUGUGAUUCAAAUGUUCCAGAUUGAAUUAGCACUACUGAUGGUAAUACUAAUCAUGUUUUUGUUGGAAUCUGAUUAUUGUCCAGCCAAGGUCAGUUUUAGUGCAGAGUAAAGAGAUUUUCACUUCCUGAAGUGACAUCCACUGCCUGUAUCUUUACUUGGUUGUCUUCACAUUAUCUGUAAGUUAUGUAUAUUUGAUAUAUCCCGAUGAUGACAAAGUGCAGGGUGGUGCAAAAGUAGGCAUACAGUUUUGUGCAUCACCUUAAAGACAACCAAACUUAACCAUUAAGCAUGUGUCAUACACCAUAAUGUCUUAUUGGAUGUCAUAUAAAUUGCUUUUCAAUAACUGUAGUGUAUGUCAACUUAUGCCUACCAUGUGUACAGUGUGCAAUACUUAACACACUAACACAUUCCCAGUGCGGAUAAACAAACACGUAGGAAGAGAAGCAAGAGGCAGGAGUCUCAGUGUGGAGAGUUCUGUUGCCAGUUGAGGUGAUAGCAAGUCAACUCUCAUCCUCUCGUGACCUCAGACAGAUUUCAUUCUUUGGAAAUGUACAGUUAUUAUUUGGUACUCUAAAUUUGUCUGUGUGUGUUUGUAUUUUUGUAGAGGUUCAGGCAAAAUAACUUAGUGUACAAUGUUUAAUGAUAAUCACAUUGUAGUGCAAAAUGGGUUAUGUUAUGUUGGCAGAGUGUUGUGUUUCUACCUGUGAGAUGAGAUGGUAUGUUUUUUGGCUCAAAAUAGGAUGGCCUUACAGAAUGGUAAAAUCUGUUGACUGUGAGGAAACAGAAACCAACAGAAUCAUAGAUAACAUGAGUUGUCUGCUGUUAAUGCUUUGACUGCUACUGAGAAGACUGCACUUAUCACUUCCUUUGAGUAACCAAAGUUUAUUGAACUUUGCAGAAAUAAAGCCACAGGCACUAAAAGAUCUCGAUAAUUCAUCUUGCUGCCAAUGGUGUCGUUUGAAACUAAACUCUAAACUUGUAUCAGACUAUUUUAUUAAAUUAGAGGAGAACUCAUAGCAGUGAAAGGGUUGAUGAACACCAGAGUGACAGUGUCAUUGUGCUCCCAGUGUCACUGCAUUCAUUUCCUUCAUACAUAUCAUGGUGACAGACUUAUACAAGAAAUAUUGUACAGUAGUUUUUACAAAGUGGACGGAACACAGGUCAGUGAAUAAGAAUUAAUCCUUGCUGUUGAAGGCUGAUGACUGCACAUUUUUGCUCAUGCAUCAUUCUGUCUUGUUAUGUUUCAUUGGUACUCAGACUAUACAUAGAUUUUACUUCAUGAAUACAUACAUUCUUCACUCCACAUCCAGAGUCCAGUUAUAAUGAUCACAAUCCUCCUCACAUAAUUUAUUUUGUUCAUACAUUCCCAUUCCACUCAUGAGAAAGACUUUUCCAGUAAAUCAUUCCUACUACAAAGUUUUCUUAUAUACAUAGUCAUUAGGUCAAGGUUAUAAUAGGCAUAUGAAAGUAAUUCUUAUGUCUUGGUUUACAGAUGAUGAUUUCCGUAUAUCAUUUUGAGUAUUGCAUAGAGGGUGUUGGCAUGUCACGGGUGUCCCAGGGAGGAGAGGACGAGCGGCUGCACCGGCACAGUGCCUGCGAUGAUGAAGUGAUGCAGGGAGGGAAGAGGUGACACCAGCAUGGCUCUCUGGAACUUGAUCAUUGAUGCUUCAUGCAAGAUUUUGCUUUGAGAGAGGAAAUCUUUUAUGGACGUCUCAUUUUUGGUUCAGCGUUCCAUUCCUGAUUAGACUUAAGAAGAGAGAAGUUUUUUAGAGAUGUCUUUUAUGAAACACUGGUUGUAUUGCUUGAUUUCUGAUGUUUUCAGUUGAUUUUUAAGGAGAAAUGUCUUUAAAAGUACUAUUCAUGGAAAUCAGGGUCAUUAUUCAUUUCCUAAUGUUUUGUACAGGAAUUCUAAAGUCAUAUUUCUUUAAGAUAUCGUUUAUGAAGCAUCAGUGAGUUCCUGGGAGGUGCUGUCAGUCCCCUGCCCCCUGCCAGCAUCACCACCACUCAGCCCAAGACUCCCUCGGCCAGAACUGUCCUGCCCGCCAGGCAAUCUCUGCUCUGAGCCGUCUUGAACUCAAUCAAACACUAGCAUGCUGUCUGUGUAACCAUUUCGGCCAUAUGUCUUUUUAUAUGAUACAUUGUGGCUUGUGCCAAUUAAGUCAUGAUCACUCUACUGACAUAGAAGUGGAAUUUCAGUUCUUCAUAUGAUGAAAUACAACAGUCAUACUAA